AUGUUACGGGUGUGUCUACUGGGCCUGUUGGCCGUCUCCUUCGUAGGGGCACAAUAUUACAACACGAAAACCGCGGACGGUGAAUUUUUGCUGAAACAAAAGAAAGUCUACAAUCUCCUCUACCACAUCUCUCAGCCCGAUGUGGUGAACGUUCAAUUAUACAACGAGGGUCGUGCCUGGGACAUCGAGGCAAACAUCAAUUACUACAGUAAACCGGAAGUAGUGAGGAAUUUCCUGUCCCUCUACAGAAAUGGAUUACUUGGACGGAAGCAGCUGUUCUCGGUCUACUACCCGAAACUGCUCAACGAAAUGGACGCUCUGUUCAAGCUGUUCUAUUACGCGAACGAUUUCGACACAUUCUACAAGACAGCCCUUUGGGCGAGGAUCUACAUAAACGAGGGACAAUUCGCCUGCGCCCUUUACAACGCGGUGAUCAGGAGGCCCGACACAAUGUACAUUCAGCUGCCCCCGUUGUACGAACUGUACCCGUACAGUUUCUUCAACAUGGAAGUACUCCAGAAGGCCCACCAUGCCAAGAUUUUCGGAAAAUUAGACACAGACAAGUCCAGUGGAUACGAGACCUACGUAAUCCCGGCCAACUAUUCCGGCUGGUACAUGAACCGCGAGUACGAUCUGGAGAACAAGCUGAACUACUUCGUCGAGGACGUCGGUCUGAGCUCCUACUACUUCCUGUUCCGCCAACAGUACCCGUUCUGGCUGGAGAGCAAGGAAUUCAGCUUCCCCGAAUACCGUGGCCAGGAAUACCUGUACGGACAUCAGCAACUGUUGAACAGAUACAACCUGGAGAGACUUUCAAACGAUCUACCAGUGAUUGCGGACUUCGACUGGAGCAGACCGUUCUACGCCGGUUACUACCCGACAAUGUCCUUCCACAAUGGACUGCCGAUGCCUCAGAGACAGCACUGGAGCAAUUUCCCUGUUUUCAAAUUUGACGAAAUCAACGACAUCAGAAACAUCGAGUCGAGAAUAACUGCCGCUAUUGAUUCCGGCUACAUAAUCAACAACGAGGGAAAAUGGAUCAACAUUUACACGCCAGAGGGUCUGAACAUUCUUGGUAACCUGAUCGAGGGUAACGCGGACUCUUCCAACAUCGACUUCUACGGAAACGUCGAUGUCCUCAGCAGAAAGAUCUUGGGCUUCAACUUAGAGCCAACAAGCAGCUACCAAAUCGUGCCCAGCGCAUUGGAAACAUUCGCCACGUCUAUGAGGGACCCUGCCUUCUACAGACUUUACAAGAGGAUAAUCUCCUAUUAUUACAGAUACAAGCAACACCAGAAACCCUACAGCAUAGACCAAAUCGUCUUCCCGAACCUGAAGAUUCAAUCGUUCGUCGUCGACAAACUCAUCACGUACUUCGAUCAAUUCGAUUCAUCGAUCAGCAACGGUCUGUUAGUCGAAAAUGAAAAGGAAGCAGACUCAAUCCUGGUUAAACUCAGGCAAUACCGUCUGAACCACAAACCAUUCAGCUUCCACAUCGCAGUGAACGCUGACAAACCAAUGAAGGUGGCCGCUAGGAUCUUCCUUGGCCCGAAAUACGACUCUCGUCAUAAACUGAUCGAGCUCCCGGAGAACUUCAGAUACUUCUACGAAAUCGACAACUGGAUCCUCGAACUGAACGCUGGCUUGAACAAGAUCACGCGCAACAGCAAGGACCUGUUCUUCCUGAGCUCAGACCCAGAGCCCAGCGAAGUGUUCUACAAGAAACUCCUCAAGUCCAUCGACGGUUCAGAGUCACUAGUGUACAACGAAAGGAUCGCAGGAUUCCCCGAGAGGCUGUUGUUGCCCAAGGGAGACUACAAAUUCGACAACAACUCGUUCGGUUUCCCCCUGGACAGACCAAUCCUAAACUACAAUUACGACGGGCCUAACAUGGUCUUCAAGGACAUUCUUAUCUACCACAAGGACGACAUGGACAUGGACAUCAGUUACUAAUCGGUCACUUUCUGUCCGUCUUACUUUUAUUUUUUGGAAUAACUAGACUUUUUUUUA